AUGCUCGAGUACAACUCACUUUCUGUAUAUAUUCAACCGUUGUUAACCGUUGUUGAUGAGAAUGAUAAUGUGGUAACACCGGUUCCGUCUACAGAGUUUCAUCUAAUUCGAUCAUUGCUCAGACCCUAUUCCGUAUCUGACCCGCAGCAGGCUUGCGUCGUCUUUCCCGGCGUUGAUUUCCUCAAUCUCCAUCGUUUUCCUAGCAUGGAGAUGGCUCAUGCCGUAGCAGCCAUGAUAAGCGAUAGAUUUUACAAUGUUGUUAUCUUCACUUUAAUCGGUCAGUGGAGGCACACUUUUCGACAGAUUUUGGCUAGCAGCGUCACAUCGCGGCAUACUUACCGUCACCGAUUAGAUAUAUCGCUACCUCCUUUUCCUGGCUUUUUGCUAUCACAAAAAGAAAAAGCGAUCGUGCGCCACAAUUUGCUGGUAUUAUCGAUGAAUGCAUCAGCGUCUUUUAAAGAGGAAUGCUUGAAGGAAUUUGGCAAUUCACAGGACUCAAUGUUUGAUGUACCGCAAUGUCGGUAUAUGAAGAAUACUGGUUAA